CCCCCGGGCUCUGUGCUGGGGGCUGCACGGGGCCAUGCCUGCAGGUCCGGCCUCGUGGCUGGGAGGAGGAGAGGGCAGCCGGGGUGAUGGCUCCCAAAGUGUACAUGGAAGAGACAAGGGCUCGCAUUGUGUGACCUAUAAUAGGGGCGAGCUAUUCAUUGGUGGGGUGGGAAAAACGCCCGUUCCUCCCGUUGGUGGUGAGGGGUCUGGUGAUGUUUGGGCCUUGGGCAGCAAACCACUGCCUCUUUAUUUUUUCUUUAAUAGCAACAUUAUUGUAGUAAUUCUCUCCCGGCACACAGCAGCGCUUGGAGGAGCCGGCGUUCCGCCCCAUGUGGGUGCGCAGCGGCCGCAGAGCUGUUGUUCCAUCGUCAUGUUGGGCUCUGGAUCCAGCACGGCCCCCUCCUUGGGUCGCGUCCCCCCCAGGGAGCUGGGAGGGAGAGCCCUGGCGUCGCCGCUCAGCGCCUCUUUGCAAGCGGCCGUAUUUCAGGCUGGCAGUCCCGCUCUGGUUGCAGGGGAGGGCGCGUUGCUGGGGUGAAAUGUGGCACCAGAGACGUGCAGUCUGGGACAGCGAGCGUGCAGCGCUCUGCAGGCGACAUGGGGCGGAGGGGGAGGAAGGAGCUGCCCGGAGAUGGAGGGCAGGGGCUGGCGUUCCGUGCCAGGGCCCUGCUCUUGCCAAUGGGGCGGUCGCUUGUCGCCGGCCCGUCACCUCUCCGUGCGCGUCACCCAAUGUGCCAGCGUGCUGCUGGACCCUGACCACCGCCCUGUGGCACCUCGUGUGCACCCUUGCCUUCAGCUGUGGCUUUUUUUGGUUCUGCUUUUCCAGCAUGGAAAGGUGGAAGGUUCCAUGGGUUGUCGCACAUCCUCUGGUCAGCGUGCCCAGAAGGGAGCAGUGUGGGAUUUACGGCGCUGCCAGGGGGCAUGGCCUCAGCCUGGGGCUGGAUGUGGGGCUGAGCCCGGCGCGGGGCGGCUGCGUUGCCCCCUCACCAUCUCGGCCGCCAUCGCUCCGUCCGCAGGCGGACACAAAGGCCGUGUUGUGCGAGCAGAAUGAGCAGCGGAGCCGUGCGGCUUCCCCUGCCAGCCCUGGGUGCUCGCGUGACCCCACGGCCGUUCCCACACCAUCCCCCUGCCCGUUCCCAACCCCCUGCCCAGCACGAGGGGUCAUCUCCCCAGCUCAGCCCCCUGCCCCGCUCCCCCAGUCCCUCGUGUCCCCAGGGCUGGGCGCUGCCGCCACAAAGCCCCAGUUCUCCUUGGAGGUGGGGGGAGCUCCUCUAAAGCCGCUGGUCUGCAGGGGAAGGGAACAGAAGCGCUGGGGCUCCCCCCAUUGCAGCCCGGUGCCCCGAUGGCUGAGGUUUGGGGUUCCACCUGGGCCCCCUGUAGCUGUGGGGCUGGGGGACCUCUCCCCACGCUGCCCUCAGCCCCUGGGCAGCUGCUUCCCCCCCCCCCCCCCCCAGCACCUCUUCUUCUGAAUAACCCGCGAUUUGUGGGCCGUGAGUUCGAAUCCCGCGGCGGAAACUCCUUUUUCCUUCGGCUCAAUAAAGUUCUUUAGAAACCAUGUUUGUGAGGAGCUACUCAGGAAUCCGCCAGCAAGCACGAAGCGCGUGUGGGGCUGCGUGUGUGGGUCGGGAAGUGGGCUUGGGAGGAGCGUUACACCCAUUGUACAGACCCAAAGAGUGCGAGACGUUCCGGUCGCGUGGUGCUGCAGGUUGGGCAGGGUUGGCUCUUGCUGGCAUCGGGCUGUGAUGCUCCUCACCCAGGGGUGAUGGAGAGCAUCCCUUAGGGAGCAGCACGCAGCUGGGUGUGCGCUGGGUUCUUCGGCCUCAGGAGGGGUUGGGCGUUGCACUAAGGGGCACGGUUUAAUGGGGAAGUAUUGGUAGAAGGUGGAUGGCUGGGCUGGGUGACCACAGAGGUCUUGAACAGCCUUGGGGAUUCCACGAUUCUAAGAAUGAAGCGGAUCCAUCUCUUUGGCCGUGCUGGAGCACGUGAGUCAUUGCGUUUCUUCUCUCCGCAGCCUUUCGCAUCCACGAUGGCGGGCGGCGUGGACGGCCCCAUAGGGAUCCCGUUCCCCGAUCACAGCAGCGACAUCCUCAGCAGUCUGAACGAGCAGAGAAACAAUGGGCUGUUGUGUGACGUGGUCAUCUUGGUGGAAGGCCAGGAGUUCCCCACCCACCGCUCCGUCCUGGCGGCGUGCAGCCAGUACUUCAAGAAGCUCUUCACCUCAGGGUUAGUGGUGGACCAGCAAAACGUGUAUGAGAUUGACUUUGUGAGCGCCGACGCCUUGUCGGCUCUGCUGGAGUUCGCCUACACCGCGACCCUUACCGUCAGCACUUCGAACGUCAACGACAUCCUCAACGCCGCCAAACUGCUGGAGAUCCCGGCGGUGAGGGAUGUUUGCACGGAUCUCCUGGACAGGAAGAUUCUGGCCAAAAAUGACCAGAUGGAUAUAGUAGAUCAAAUUGAUCAAAGGAACCAUCUCAGAGCAAAAGAGUACCUGGAGUUCUUCCAGAGCAACCCCGUCAACGGCCACCAAGGCAGCUUUCCGUGGACCAACCCAGAGUUGAGAGACCUUCAGAGACUCAACUUCCGAGGCCAAGAGGAUGAGGAGGAGCCGGACUGCAAUGGCUUGGACUUCUACUCGCAAGCCCCCCUCAACGAAAGACCAAAGGCGAAUGACUGUGAUCCCGACAGCAACCCGGCCAUGUGGCUGGACAGAGAGGAGGAGGAGGCGGCGGCGGCCCCUGGCUCCUUGUUCUCACCUUCUCAGAACGGACAUUACAGCGGCCGUGGCCUGGGCACGCCAGGAGAAGAGGAGGGGGCUCCCGGGGCCGCCCUGGACCAGCAGGACGCCGGUGACUCCCCCAGCUUCGUCCCCACCGGAGCGGAGACGGAGGACGACGCCAGGGAUGUGGAUGGGUUGGCCGCCAGCGUGCUGCAGCAGGUGAUCAGCUCGGUGGGGAGGCAGCAGCUCGGGGACGACGAGCGGAAGGACGACGACGGAGUCGUGGAUUAUUACUUGAAAUACUUUGGCAGUUCGAACGAGAGCGACGUGUAUCCGUCCUGGUCCCAGAAGGUGGAGAAGAAGAUCAGGGCAAAAGCAUUCCAAAAGUGCCCCAUCUGCGCUAAGGUGAUCCAGGGGGCUGGCAAGCUGCCGCGCCACAUCCGCACCCACACCGGCGAGAAGCCCUACGAGUGCAACAUCUGCAACGUGCGCUUCACCAGGCAGGACAAGCUGAAGGUCCACAUGCGGAAACACACGGGGGAGAAGCCCUACUUGUGCCAGCAGUGCGGAGCCGCUUUCGCUCACAACUACGACUUGAAGAACCACAUGCGCGUGCACACCGGCCUGCGGCCCUACCAGUGCGACAGCUGCUUCAAGACUUUCGUCCGCUCUGACCACUUGCACAGGCACCUUAAAAAGGAUGGCUGCAACGGCAUCCCGUCCCGGAGGGGCCGACGGCCGCGGGUGAGAGAUGCCGGGGGGCUGCCCACCCCCACGGGGAACCCCGAGGAUGGAGGAUUUCAAGGCGGUGGGGAGAGUCAGGAAUCAGAGGACACCGUGCAGGGGAACGGCCAAGAGCAGCACUUUGAGGAUAGUUCUACUACCGAAGCGUCAGGAUUGAAUGUAGCAGGAGGGUCGGCCGAGGGGAACGCUCAAGGACUCUCCUAAACCAAAAAAAAAACAAACCAACCAACCAACCGACAAACCACCACCACCACAAACAACAAAAAAAGAGGUGUCACAAAAUCUAGUUAGUACUUUUUCCUCCGAUUUUCUCUUUAAAGGUGUUUCUCUCUCCCUUUCCCCCCUCCCCUCCCCCUCCCCCUAUUUUUUUUUUUUUUUUAAAAAAAAAAAAAAGAAAAGAAGCAAAAAUAGGUCUAUCGACGACGUUCCCAACCUCCCCAUGGCAGGCAGGGCUCCCCCGAGGCCGGUGGGAUGGGCAGGCGCGCGGGGCGGGGAUGGAGAGCGCAUGGAAAGGAGCUUCCAUGUAAAAAAAUCCAAAGCUUUAUUUUGUGUCCGAACACACGUUAAAAAGAAGAAAAAAAAGAAAAAAAA